AUGGAUUUAGAACAAGCUGGAUUAAAAAAACAAACUAUCGAUCGCUUCUGUCGCCAAUACCUACAAUUAGAACGAGAUCUUGACUACCCUUCAUCCAUACUCUUACGAGAGGCCGAUGUACAAGAUACUCUCUACAAUCAAAUUUUUGCGGAUGGAGCUCUUGAUUAUUCUCCUCCCCCAAGAUAUCAACUAAGAGUACUGAAGGAACUCAUGUCCAAGAUUGAAGCUAGCAUCGAGGAUUGGGAUAGCCAUGGAAUUUCCGAUGACUUGAUGUCCUCCCUCUCUAAUCUCCUUGCUCUUUCACUUCCAUCAGAAAUGACUGCUGCGCAGCAAAAGUCAUACGUAACCUACACCCCCUCAUUGCUUGAUAUAUCAAGUAUAGGUAGUCAUCAUAGUUUUCCCUCGCCUCAGAUCACAUUGCUAGAGUCGCGGAACCUUAUCUCUGCCUCGGGGACGACUGGUUUACGGACUUGGGAAGCAGCUCUUCAUCUUGGACAGUUCCUCACUACUAACCCUUCUAUCAUCCGCGACAAGACGGUUCUAGAGUUAGGGGCAGGUACUGGAUACUUGUCAAUUCUUUGUGCCAAAUUCAUGGCUCCUACCAUGGUCAUCGCCUCGGACGGUUCUGACGAUGUAGUGGCAAAUCUUCCGGAGAACUUUUUUCUAAACGGGCUUCAAGAGUCAGGGGUGGUCCGAGCUAUGGAUGUCAAGUGGGGACACGCUCUUGUAGGGACGGAAGAUGAGCAUUGGAACGGCGGCAUACCAAUUGACGUCGUCCUCGCUGCCGACGUCACCUACGAUAAAAGCAUAAUCCCCGCUCUCAUCGGCACUCUAGAGGAACUGGUGGGGAUGUUCCCGCAAAUUGCAAUUUACAUCGCUGCUACCGAAAGGAAUCGAGAGACCUUCAACGUCUUCCUAGAUGUUUGUAAGGAGAGGCAUCUCAACGUCGAGGAGAUUAAUUAUGAACUUCCACGCAGAGAGGAUCAACAUGGCCCAUUUUACAGCGAUCAGGUCCCAAUUAGGAUAUGCAGAAUAUUAAAAAGCUGCUGUGCCGUGGUAAAAUUCACAACAGAUCGAUGGGAGAUUCAGGAAGGAAAAGGAUUGGUCCUCACAUGGACUGAUGCUAUCGGCGUGGUUGACAUCGACUUGGCGAAGGUAACAGCUGAGGGGCUAUUACGGCCCAACGGAAUCGCGAAAGACUAUUCAGGCAACAGUACAUUCGCUUGGACACCAACUGUCGACCUCACCCCGGGUGAUUAUGUCUUCCGCAUCAGAGACCAAUGGAGUGCCGAUGAGUCGCCAAGGCUAGCAUUCUCUACUCUCUCUGCCCGCUCUCCACAGAAUAACGUAUCCCAGGACACUAGCAACGCUAGUAACGGUAACGGCAGCGGUGACGAUGGCAUCGGACCUAGUACUGCAGCUGGAAUAGGGGUUGGCUCUACUCUCGGAGGAAUCGUACUGCUGGCCCUAGUUGCUUUCCUGGUCUAUCGCGGGCGGCAGAGCAAGACUAGGUUAGGAGACCAAGAGGAUGGCGAACACGGCGCGGGAAAGCAGAAACAGAAGGGGCCCCAACUUGACAUCUAUGGGAGCCAAACACAGGGCUUAGUCGGUAGCUAGGGUUUCCAAAUGGCAGUUUCGUAAGUACGUAUGCGUCAAAUUUGGAAGAAUUGCCAUAACAUCCACCGUGAACACAGAAGAGGCUGUUGCCUCUAUACAUGGAAAGAGAGCUAGACUUAAAGCCGAUAUGAAGUACCUAAGAAGUCCAUGGGAAGGAACAUUCUUUAGCUUACAGAGACGAUGAUAUGGUUAUAAUAAUGCGGGUGUGCUUAUAAUUAGGUAAUUGUAAAUACCUAGAACCGUCGAAUGAGAAAAUCAAGGCAUCACCUUCAGGUACAGUACAUGCCAUCUUUGCAGGAAUGAAUAGGUACCUAUAUAAGCAUGAUUUCCCCCAAAACAAGUCAAUAUCUAGUUAAGGUACAAUCUAAGCCUCAUACACCGUAGGUAUCUUUCAGCAGAAACUAGUAUCCUCGCCGAAAACGGUUGACCAGUCUCUUCAUCUUUUCCGUGGUUCGCUGCUCAAGUGAUCGGCUGGAACAUUCUUCAAGGAUUGCUGUAUCCAAGCCGGCGCUUCGCAACUUGACUAGAUGGCGAUUCCAUUGCUUCCUUGUACUGCUUCUAGUGAUACCGCCACGCUCGAUGAGUAGUAGGGAGGUGGCAUACUUCACCAACAGCCAGCUCUCGUCAGAUUUACCAGGGUCCCCAUGCGGUAUUCGAAAAUCCGAAAUUAUAUGGUCUAAGGGGGUAUUACCCAAAGAGUCGGUCUCAUUGACUUCAGCUCCACGAUCUAAU